AUGGCAACAGUCGCCACUCAGCGUACCGCGACCCUGCCGCGUCCUUCCUUCACGCCCAUCAUCCAAGAUGCGGUUGUUGCGAAGAAGGCCUCUGGCAUUGAGUUCAAGCCCUCAAAACACCUGGGCUACAAGGACCCCGAAAAGAUCUGGACAAUGGAGGAGAUCGGCUACUCCAAGGACCGCGGUGUCUCGCCCAUCGCCGUCUCCCAGCCCUUCCAGCUCUUCACCGAGGAGGCCGUCCACGAGAUGAGGAGAGAAAUCUUCAAGCCCGAGGUCAUGGAGAACUGCAAGUACAGCAGCAACAUCGCCGCUUGCCAGCUUAGGGGCUACGCUCCCAAGUACGCCCCGUUCACUUACGACGCUUGGAACCACCCCGAGACGCUCGCCGCCAUCUCCAAGGUUGCCGGCGUCGACCUCGUCCCCGUCAUGGACACCGAGGUCGCACACAUCAACUUCUCGGUCAAGUCGGAGAAGGAGACCAAGGAAGAGCUUGCAGUCAUCAACAAGCAGAAGGAGUAUUACGACGCGGACGAGGGUAUCGCCGGCUGCCCCUGGGAGGAUGACAAGCCGGUUGUUGGCUGGCACACUGACAGCUACCCCUUCGUCUGCGUGCUGAUGCUCAGCGACUGCACGAACAUGGUUGGUGGUGAGACUGCCCUGAGGACCGGCCACGGUGAUGUGAUGAAGGUCCGCGGGCCGACUAUGGGUUGUGCCGCCAUCUUGCAGGGCCGGUACAUUACGCAUCAGGCUCUCCGUGCUCUGGGCGCGCAGGAACGCAUCACUGCCGUGACUUCGUUCCGGCCUCGCUCACCGUUCGCACGUGACGAUUCGGUCCUCACCACCGUUCGUCCCAUUUCCAACCUCUCUGCGCUCUACUCGGAAUUUGCCGAGUACCGCCUCGCCAUGGUGGAGGAGCGUGUGCGUGGGCAGCUCAAAGAAGUGCGCGAGAAGAGCCGUGCUGGCAAGAAGUUUGCCACCAAGGACUUCAAGAAGUUCCUGGCCGAGCAGAUUGCCUUCCUCCAACACAUGCAGAACGAGAUCGUGCCGGACGAAGAGGUGCGGGUUGGCUACAUCGAGGAGGUUGACUACCCCGACUGUGUCGUCGGUGCAGAGGAGGCGCCGUCGCUCAAGCGUACUCGCGUCGAGUAA